GACAUAAUUUUCAUUUUGGGGACUAUGAGCUUUGGGAAGACCAACUAUCGCGUUGGCGGCACGCGUGGCGGCGCCGAUCAAUUCAAAUGGGAGGACGUCAAGAACGACAAGUAUCGGGAGAACUACCUGGGCCACUCGGUGCAAGCGCCCGUGGGUCGGUGGCAGAAGGGCAAGGACCUCACAUGGUACGCCAAAGCCAACAAGUCACAGCGUGCCGAGGCGUUGCAGGCGGAGUUGGCGCUAGCCAAGCAACGGGAUGAAGAUCUCAUGAACGAAGCUCUAGGGAUUGCGCCGAGGAAACGCCGUGAACCUGCCGAAGGUUUGAGUGCGUCGGAGAUGAAGGAGCUAUUGAAGCGAGGAGAAGCGGAGCGAGAUGGCAUGGAUGUGGAGCGUGUUGAAGGACUCGGAGCAGCGCCAGUGGAAGCCGAGGGCUUCGAAACAGGACCUAAGCGUACGCUGGCUGAGAGAUAUAAAGACCAACUCGUCAGUGGCAAAGCAGAUACGACGUAUGCGCUCCCAGGAACAAUCAACAAGGAGAUGACGGAGAGUGAGGCGAAGGCGGUGCGGAAGGAAGCGCGCAAAGCUGAAAAAGCAGCGAAGAAACUGAAGAAGAGAGAAAAGAAAGAGCGCAAGAAGGAGAAGAAAGCGAAACGCCACACUCGUGAUUCGGACGAGGAAGAUGGCAAGCAGCGUCACCGUCGCCACCACCGAGAGGAUGCAGGGCGUCAUUCGCGCUCACGAUCUCGCUCGCGUUCGCCGAGAAGAGACCGAGAUGCCGCUGAUCAUUCGCAUCGACACCGCAGCGGACGAUCCCGAUCUCGUUCACGCUCACCAGCUGAUCGUCACAGGCGUGGGAGCUCGGCCAAGGACUCUCGUGGUCGGUCGCGCUCUCCUGCCACCCGAUACCGUCGUCAUCGUCACCGGUCAUCCUCUCCAUCCCCAGCUUCUAGAAAUCGCUCACGCUCGCCAUCUCGAUCCCGACGCUUUCAUUAAUCAAGAAGCAUGUGAACAUGUGCAGCUAGUUUUCUCUUCUGUUUCUAUUGAUUUGGAGUCACUACAAGUCUCUCGUCAUCUCUUAAUCAGAUUUUGAUGUCGUGUGCGCCUUCUUCUGCCGUCCGCAGCGUUCAGAGCUGCCAUCCUUGAGCUCGUAUGCUG